UCCAGACGCUGCCAAGCUCAAUUGCGACAUCGAGAGAGGAGGUCGCGCUGCUUUUUUCUGAAUCACUGGAUCGCCAUCGCCAGAUAAUCGAAUUGCUGCUGCAACCCGGCCAGCCAAGCAGAUCAUUGUUGGGGAGUCCUAAGAAAGUUUUGAGCUUCUAUGGUGGAUUUGAGCUCAUGCGGUGCUCAUUCUGGUCAUGUUAGCGAACGGUUAGAAGAGGUUUUGAGGUUUCGGAGUAGUUUGGAGGAGGGAGGCUAUGGCCCCGAAGUGAGAUUGGCUGCAUUAAUUGCAAGUGUGGAUGGAUGCGUUCUUAUUUUCCAAGUGUGGUGUAGUGCAGUGCUGGAGCAGAUUCUUUCCCCUCCGUUCUACGCAGCUUAGAUUCACAACCUUGUUCCGGGUGCCAUAUUCUAGAGAAUUUUCUGGGGAAAAUAACAAACACUCCUCUCUGGGUAGAAGAGAUUUGAAUAGACACGACCGGUUCAGCAUUUAGGGUUGAGGAUUCUAUUUCUACGGAGCGCUUGUGCAGUCCGAUUUAAGGUGGAAGGCCAGGGGGUUAAAAUUUAUGCUAGCGUUAUUGGUGUGACUAGUGUACUUUAAAUAUAAGGUUGGGCUCUGAAUCGUCGAGAAGUUAAAGCAUGGCUCAACUAGUAGAGGACUGGUACAAGCAAAUGCCCAUCAUCACGCGCUCGUAUCUCACUUUGUCUGUGCUCACCACCGCUGGAUGUGCUUUGGAGGUUAUUUCAGCAUAUGAUGUGUACUUGAAUUCCACCUUGAUCAUACACGAUUAUCAAGUCUGGAGACUCAUCACCAAUUUCUUUUACUUUGGCAAACUUGAUUUGGACUUCCUUUUCCACAUGUUCUUUCUGGCAAGGUAUUGUAAACUUUUGGAAGAGACAUCAUUUCGUGGUCGCACAGCAGAUUUCUUCUUUAUGCUCCUCUUUGGUGGAACUUUACUCACCAUUUAUGUAGUGGGUGGCGGCAUGCUCACAUUUGCUGCUCCAUUUGCGGAUAUACUUUUCUUGAGCAACUCCCUCACUUUCAUGAUGGUUUAUGUAUGGAGUAAGCGCAAUCCUCACGUGCAAAUGAGCUUUCUUGGUCUUUUCAGUUUCACUGCUCCCUACUUGCCUUGGGUUCUUUUGGGAUUUUCAGUUAUGGUUGGAAGCAGCCCGUGGGUGGACCUUUUGGGAAUGGCUGCAGGACAUGCGUAUUUCUUUUUGGAAGAUGUAUACCCUUUGAUGACUGGGCGUCGAAUUUUGAAGACUCCUGGCAUCAUAAAAGCGCUCUUUCCCGAAGAAACAGUUAUGGUAGCAAGGCCUGCUCCUCCAGCAGCCUGGGGAGCAGCCCCUUUGGCACCUCACAUGGAUUAAAUCUUUUACGGAUUCUUUGUCAAAGUGUCCAACUUCCUUUGUGACGGUUUACAUGUAUCGCACGGGAUUUCUGUACGCUAACUGUGGAUUUAACCUAUAUGGUUCCAUUGGUACCGUCGUUCCAACCAAAUUUGCCAAUACGUCUUUGGCCCCUGCAUUUACUAUUAUUAUUUUUCCACCAGGAUGAAACCAUCCCUAGAGAGUGUUGAUCUAGUGUUCACAAGCACGUGCUUGCUUUGGAAUGUAUGGAAAGUAAGAUAAUAAUACCUCCAUAAUAACUUUACCAAA